GGAAGGUGUUGUUUUUUUAUGCCAAGUGACGACGAGUAUAGUUUUUCUUCAGAAGCACAAGAACAAGUUGUUUCAAACAUCAUACGGUGGAAUAAACAAGAUGAUUUUCAGCAGUUAGUAGACGAUGUAGCAGUUUAUCCCAAAGCUCUAGGAGUAACGAUAGAUGAUUUGAUAAAUUCGUUGCAUUCUUCGAAGAAAUUGGAAAGUUUGAAAGAGCAAGUAUCUCAUAUUCAGGGCAAGGCGUUGAAACCGUUAGAACACCGUGCGCAAGUUGAAAGAAACAAACGAAAAGCCGCAUACGAGGCAACCAAGGCGGGUUCCAAAAAAUGGAAAGCAUUGGUCCAUCGCAUUGAGAGAGCUCAAAUAGUGGAUUUCACAGACUCGACUAGUCGUUCAGAGGAAGCGACAACAGUGAACGAGUUGGUGAAUCGUUUUCAACCACAGUGCGAAUUGGAGAAGGAAAUUGAUCAAGUCAUCAAGCGUAGUUUGGUUGAAAAUGAAAAUCGGUUAUCCGAAGAGUUGAAGGAUGCCAAGAAAACUGCAGAAGACAAAAAAGAUGCUGAAGCACUGAGAAGUUAUAAAGCAAAAAUGCGUGCGUUGAUGAGCUAUUUUGAACAGAAGCGGCGUCGAAUCAAGAGAAUCAAGAGUAAACGAUACAGAAAAGCACAUCGGUCUUUCAAAGGGAAGAAGAACAAUGAGCAGGCCAAGUCGUUAAAAGAAACAAGAGCAGAAGAACGAAUGAGUCUGAGACAUAAGAACACUUCCAAAUGGGUAAAGCGCCAGUUGCAACGUAAUUCUGCCCAUAAGGAAGAAACUGCAAAAGCAGCUAUUCAAGAACAGUUGGAAAUUGGAAGAGAAAGAAUGCAAAAGAGGGACUCUGAAGAAGAAGAAGAGUCAAGUGACAAUUCUUCUUCGCCAUCAGAUGAAGAUAUUCCUCAAGACGAAUCAAAUGGAAACGAUUAUGAAACCGAAGAUGAGAUGGAAGCUUUAGAAGAAAGUAUUAGACAAGAAGAAGCCUCGAAUAAUCGGUCUAGUGAAGAGAACGGAAUUGCUUUGAAUCCCAGUCAAGUCUCUAAGAAGUUGUCUAGCAUGGCCAUGGAAACUCGAGAUGUUACUUUUGCCACUUCGAGUCGUAUAACUAUUCGUACAGACAGCAAAGGUUCUGACUCGAGGAAUAUAGAAGUCACGUCAACAGUGAAAAAUACCAAAAAUGCUGAACCAUCGCCUGGAGUAAUUGGCAAUCCUUGGCUAACAGGAAUAUCACUGGAUAAUGAGGAAAACAAGCAAUCUGUCAGUAGUAACAACCAAUCACUAGUUACCCAUCAUCAUGAGAAAAUCAACGACAAGAAUGAGCAUCAUCACAAGGAACCUCUGCAAACAAGCUCAGUAAAGACACGCAAAGACCUCAUUCCGGAGAAACAACAUAAUGAAAACCAUUUGGCAGAAGAUGAGUCGGAGGAUGACUCGAUAUCUACAAAUUCAGAUGCAAACGAAAACAAGUAUUACUUGAAAAGAGCGUUUGUUGAAGCUGGAACGGAGGACAAUGAUUUUGAAAGAGAAAAGGAGCGUGAGAUUGAAGAGGAACUGGAAAUGGAGCAACCGGAGACUUUGGUAUUGCCUGGUUGGGGUAACUGGGGUGGUGCUGGUAUCAAAGAACCACGAGCAUCACGAUAUGCAGAAAAAGUAAGACUUGAAAAUGAAAAAAAGAAGGAGGCAGCAAAGGCAAAUAGAAAAGAUUCCAAACGAGGACUGGAACAUGUAAUCAUAUCUGAAAAGCGAGUAAAGGAGACUGCUGCCCUAACAAUACCAUUUGUGCCAGCACCAAUGAAGUCGAGAGAAGAAUAUGACAGGACGACCAAAAUGCCACUUGGUAAAGAAUGGUUGCGCUUUGAGUCAUAUCAAAGGGCUAUUCAGCCCUCCAUAAUUACUCCUAUUGGUAGUAAUAUCGAACCAAUCAAUCAUAAGCGAGUCUCGGGUACACAAGAUAGAGUAAGGUUGUAAAAUAGCACUCAUAGCAUGUUGUAGAUAAUAUUCUGGGAUUGUUCUUAGAAUACUGUGACCCAAAAAAUCAUUUUCAUUGAAAAUAAAUGGAAAUAUAUUUCACUGAUUGAGA